GACAUUAAAAAGUAUAAUAAAAAGGAAAAAUGAAGCGAAUUUGUGGUUCAUACAUGAGUCUCCAAGAGAAAACGAUUUUCGGCGAACCUGAAGAUUUAAAUGGCAACAUGGGGCCAUUAAUUAAGUCUCCAAUGUCCGAAAAUCGAGACCAAGAGGAACAAGGACUAGCUGUUCCUAUCGCGUCUCCAAAUCAUGAUGAACCAAAUGCUUUUCCUGAAGCAGCUGAAACUGAUGGAGGAAAUUGUGUGCAGAACAAUCAAGACACAGUUUCUGCUUCUAACUCGGGUGAGAUGGAUAUUACAGCCCUGAAUCCAGACCUUUCUGCUCCAUCAAAUGAGAUUGUUCAACUUGCGGCUCCAAAUCUGCAAGCUGCACUAGCUGAUCAAGAUCCACUUGCUAUUGAUCAGGGAAAUAGUGACCAGGAAAAACAGGAUACAGGUUCUGCUUCGAUUGGUAUUACCGCUCUCAAUUAUGUCCAAUCUGAUGCGACAAUUGCGAUUGAUGAUUCUAUUUCGGCUGCAGAUUCUUCUGAUAAACCAGCUGCGAUUGAUGGUAAUAAAGGUGCCCAAGGUCAGAUUGAUAAUUACAUCCUGGAGUUUGAUCCCAUUCCCGCUGCUGUUGAAUAUGCCAUCUCAUCUGCUGAUUGUGAUCCACUUGCAGGGACCCCUAGCGGGCUUGUAAUGCCAUUGAUCUUGAAGACAGAAUUAGAGGAGAUGUCCUCCAAUGAGCCUUCCAGCGACUUAAGUGAACCAGAACCUCAGACGACCGUCAACGAAGAGCUUUCCUUGGACACCAGUGAGGAAAACGGCAGUGGGGAAAACGAACCGGGGUCGGUUCAAAACAUGAAUCGUUGCUUAAACCGCCAGCUGAGCAAGUCCCUAAUCCCCAAGGACGCUUGGAUGGUCAUCAAUGGGGUAAAAGGUGUGGUCAUCAGCCGCGCCACCUCGAAACGCGAUAGCGAAGGAAAGUUUAAGGCCCAUAUAACCGUGAACGAAAAGCAGUACUAUGGCGAGGGUCCUUCAACAAUAUCGGCCAAGAAUAAGGCCUGCGAGCAGGCUUUGAUAGACAUAAUCAUUGCCAAGUUAGCAGAUCAGAACACAAGCGACGAUCAAGAUGAUCUGUUCGUAAUGAUGCUUGCCUCGUUCGCCAUGCACAAACUUUCUGAGGAGUGGAAACUGGAGGGUUUCAAUGUUCCGUUAAAACGCUCGGAAUUACCACUCAGCUGGAAGACCAUGCAUCCUAGCCUGGUUCUUACCUACAUGCGGCCAAAUACCAUUUUCGAGUAUUUGGGAUCCACCGGCGAACAGCCGAACGAGCUCUUCGAAAUGGGAGUCAAGGUGUACGGCCAAGAGUUCAAGGCUAAAGGGACAAGUAAAAAAAAUGCUCGUCGCUUUUUGGCCGCCCAAGUAUGCAACAAGUUAUUUGGUACCGACUUCUCCACCGGGGAUACCACUUAAACUAUAUUAGACGGAACUUCAACAAGGCAACACAAUUCAAUUUUUUGUAUAAAAUAUUGUACUUAAACUUAAAAUUGUAAUUAACAAAAAGAAAACUCAAAAUAAACAUAAAACACUUCAUGCAAAGCAAA